AUGGAAGCGACGUGCCUGGGAGACCUGUUUGAUAAGGUCAACUACACAGUCGAAUGCGUUGAUAUGAAAAGCUCCAAAGAGUAUGAUCGCAACCUGCAGCUGAUGAAGAGGCUCAACCUGGGCGGCUUAUACAAGUUCUUGAAAGCACUCUCGAACACCUUCAGCCUGAAUUACAUAUCCACGUCGAGGCCGACGAGAUUGGAGUACGACUCCUCGACCAGACAGCUGCUGAAAACACUCAAAAGCGUAUUUUCGAACAAGAGAAGGAGAGUUAACUUUAGCCCGAACGUACACUCAUCGGCGACGAUGGAAGACAUGGAAUAUGGACCGCCGAACGUCGACUUCUUCGUAAACGAUAAGCAAUUAGUGGUAGUUUCGCCCUACCAGGGAGGGAACCUGAGAGUGACCACAAUACCAACCGGAAAAGAGUCAGGAGCGUCAACGCCACACACAGAGUCGUCGAAGAGUAAGGGCCUGAUCAUGAACACGGGGCUGAAGAGUUUCCUGGUGGUGACGGGAAACGAAAGUCAGGUGACGACGCUGUGCGUAAAUGAGUUCUUCGGGUUCGGAUUUGAAGUGUUCGCAGGGUUUGCAGACAAGGCAGUGUGCUUCUUCAGAAUGAAUCUGACGCCAGAGGCGGAGUUGUACGACCCGAACGCAGAGUACGGCGCGACGGGGUGCUACAACCUCACGGGCUACCUGAACCUGGGCAAGGUGCCGCUGACCUCGAAGUUCAGCCCGAACAGAGAACUGGUGCUCGCGUCAACCAGAAAGAGCCUGUACCUGCUGGAAAAGAGCGGCUUCGACCUGGAGUACGAAAAGCUGUGCGAGUUUAAGCCAGGCUCGCUGGUGUGCGCAGACUUCCUGAACGACUUUGAAAUCAUGGUGCUGGAAAACAACGGCCUGCUGACGAUGUACAAAAAGUAUAACCUGAAGUUUAACGUGUACAUUAGAUAUAACCUGGGGUCUCUGCUGACGCAGGCGCCAACUGCGGACAGAGCCGAAGGGGCAACCGUUAACAGCCCAGCACCAGGCUCAAGCGGAACGGCAGGCGGCAUGGUCAGGGACCCGAAUGGUAACGUGUUUAUACUGGUGAAGGACACAGCACUGAUUAAGUUGACGUGGAAUGAAACGCUGAUACCGUACUCGAACGUAGUGUCGUUUCAAACGCCAAACAACAUGGUGGGAGACAAUCAAGAUAGGAGGUUUAUCACGGAUUUCAACGUUGAAAAUAACUUAAUCGUCGUGACGUUUAGAGGAUCGGAUCUAGUUCACCUCUACAGCCUAACGUCCUUUAAGGAAAUACAUCACCUGAAGCCCCCGAGGACGAGAUACACGCCAACGUUUGUGAAGUCGUGUUCAGACAAUAACUUUUGUUACUUGGUGGUACUGUGGUCGUACAAAGGAUUUGAAAGUAAAAUUGACGGCAUUAAGGGGCCUGGUGCAAAGAGAAGACCGCCUCCAGACUACGUGGAGGUGGAAAUGGACGUAAAGUUGAGGAGUCUGCUCGAGAAUGGAAUAAUUGAAAGAGAAGAGCUAGAAUACGAUGAAACGGACAUAGUGAGGACGUACAAGAUUAAGUCGGCGUUGACGAGGACGUCGAAGAGCGAUGACGUGUCGCAGACGACGUACAGUAAGACUGCAGGAAUGUAUCCCACAGACCCGGCGCCCAGGAAGUUGCCACAGCUGUCCUCACUGAAUCCGAAGAUAAAACCCAGAUACACCACGAGAUUUAACGAUUUCAACAAAUACGAUGAUUCGUUCGCCAAUAGGAAACACAUACUGGGAAGGAAGCUGGAUACUAAUUUGGCGCAGGAAAACAUAUAUUCAAUAGAUGAAUUUAUAAGAAAUAGAAGAACUGUACUAUAA